AUGGUUUUCGAAGAAGACGACGAUCUUAUCAGAUAUGGCGGAGCUCAAGCCGAUGAUGGCGGUGAUGAUGCCGCCAGAAAGGCCGAAGAACGUGAACGCAAGAAGGCUGAAGUCAGAAAACGUCUUGAAGAAGCUGGAAAGAAAGGAAACAAGAAGAAGGGUUUCUUGACACCUGAAAGAAAGAAGAAGCUCCGUGUAUGUCUGAAAAUCAUCAGAAUUAUAGAAAUAAAAUAAUUUCAGAAACUUUUGAUGAUGAAAGCCGCUGAAGACUUGAAACAACAACAAAUGUUGAAAGAGCAAGAACGACAAAAGACUUUGCAACAAAGAAUCAUUCCUUUGCCAGACGUUGAUUCAAUCGAUGAUCAAGGAAAACUUCUUAAAAUUUAUGAAGAGAUGUUCGCUCGUGUCACAUCUCUUGAAGAAGAAAAAAUACGAUAUUGCCGCUCUUGUCGGUAAUACUGAAGCCGAAAUCAAUCAAUUGACCAUCCAAGUCAAUGAUCUCCGCGGUAAAUUGUGAGUAUUCUACAAAUUUCAGUAAUCUGGAAGUCAAUAUUUAUUUUUCAGUGUCAAGCCAGCCUUGAAGAAGGUUUCAAAAUACGACAACAAAUUCAAAUCAUCUGGAGACGGAAAGGGACAAAAAGCCAACUUCCGUGAUAACCUUAAAGUUGUUAAGAAAGAAACUGGAAUUGAUGAUAUUUUGGCCAAGACCAAGAAGAAUGAAGGAAAACCAGACUGGUCCAAAAAAGAUAAGGGAGCUGCUGAAGAGAAGAAAGAAGAAGCUGUGAGUCACUAGCAACUAAACUAGAAAAAAACAAAUACAUUUUCAGCCAGCCCCAGCCGAAGCUGCUCCAGCUGAAGAAGCUCCAGCCGAGGAACCACCAGCAGAGGAAGAAGAAGGAGAGGAAGAGGAAGAAGAAUAG